CACGUUGGGAAACAAGACUCGGUUGUGUUUUAAAAGUGAGGAGGGACCAAGCAGUAGUAGUUCACUUCAUGAAUUCACCUUCGUGUUUCGUUCACUUGAGCCAUUAAGCACCACACCAGGGUUGUACGUGUGAAUCAGUUUGUUAUGUGUUAAUCUACAAGCACUUUGGUUGUGAACUUGCAUACAAGUGGAUCUGGGGUUGGUUAUUAUAUUUUUCUUUGAUGGAAUUAAUUCAGGAGAAUUUUAACGAUAAUUUCAUGGAUCAUGCAUCUAAUAGUCCUCCAAAUUCCUCUUAUAUAAGCGGUUUAGUCGGUGCUCCACAGCUGGAUCCUCGGGUUGGUCUUGAAUACCAGGUGGAAGUUCCUUCCAUAAUAAAACAAUCAGAACAGCUUCAACUUCUAAUGAAUCCUGCUGAGUCAGAAGUUGGGCAUGACAAUUCACUUUCCUUCGCAAUUGGUUUACCCAUCUCUGUUACAUGGAUACAUAAUGAAGUGGAGAAUAGUGGACAUGAAGGAUGGGGAUAUCUUAGAGACAACAGGAAAGAAUUGAAACCAAUCACAUCUCAAUCUGUGAUGACAGGAGACAACAAUUCAAGCCAACUGGGUAAAAGCAAAACUUAUGCAUUGGUCCCUGGCACAUUAAGUAACUCCUGGAGUGACACUGAUGCAAAAAGUUUUCUCCUUGGGCUGUAUAUUUUUCGGAAGAAUUUUGUUCAGAUAAAAAGAUUCUUAGAGAACAAAGGGAUAGGGGAAAUACUUGCAUUUUACUAUGGAAAGUUUUACAAAUCUGAUGAAUAUCGUAGAUGGUCAGACUGCAGGAAGAUAAAAGGGAGAAAGUCUACGAUAGGACAAAAACUUUUCACUGGACGGAGGCUACAUGAACUAUUGUCUCGCUUGAUUCCCCAUGUCUCAGAAGAAUCUAAAGACAUUUUGCUACAGGUUUCUAAGUCAUAUACGGAGGGCAGAGCUUCUUUAGAAGAAUACAUAUCUUCUUUAAAGUCCACUGUUGGACUUGGUGUUCUUGUGGAAGCAGUAGGUAUUGGAAAGGAGAAGGAAGACCUUACAUGUCUUGCUGUGGAACCUGGGAAGAACAAUUGGGUGUUUUCAGCGCCAACUUGCAAAGCUUGGUCUUCUCUUGGACCUAGUGAUAUAAUGAAAUUUUUAACAGGAUUUCGACUGAGCAAGGCCAAAAGUAAGGAUCUCUUCUGGGAAGCUGUUUGGCCCCGCUUACUGGCAAGAGGUUGGCACUCUGAGCAACCAAAGAAUCAAGGCUAUGUCAGCUCCAAAGAUUAUCUGGUUUUUCUUGUCCCUGGUGUUGAGGAGUUUUCAAGAACAAAACUUGUGAAAGGUGACCAUUACUUUGAUUCUGUUUGUGAUAUCUUGAGCAAAGUGGUAGCUGAACCAAAUCUACUUGAUCUUGAAGAAGCUAAAGUUGAUAUCUGCAAUGAUGAAGAGCCAGAAAGGGGAUUGAAUAAGGAUGAUCAAUCUGAUUAUCAUCCUCAAACAUACCUCAAGCCCCGUUCUUCUACUUACAACACAGAUCAUAUAAAAUUCACGGUUAUCGAUACCAGUUUGGUGCAUGGAAGGAAGUCAUCUGAUUUACGAGAAUUUAAAUCUGUACCUGUUAAUUCAGUGGGUAACGUUGAGGUAAAUGCUGCUGGUACACAUAAAGGGGCCAAAUAUAUUAAGGAUAUGCCUGAAAACAUUGAUCAAAAGUUGACUGAUACCAGCAUGCUUUGUGAAGGUAAAUUAUUGCCGGCGAGAGAACUGAAAUAUCUGUCAGUUGAAGUGGAAAAUACUUCUAAGAUGGAAGCUAAUAUGCUGAUAUAUGACAAAAAUAAUAUUAGUAAUGCUGAUAGCCAAAACAAUGCAAAGAAAAUGGAAGAAAGCCUGGAGAAUCAGAAGACCUCCGUGUCUAAUGAUAAUCAACUAAAGAGCGCCAUAAAGCAACGAUUCAGUCCGAGAGUGAGACCAGGUUAUUCCAAACAUCCCAUUCUUCCCUUCAAAAAGAGGAGAUUGACUGCUUGUGCCAAGGCAGAGACAAGCCAAAUCAUUGGGAACUCCUCAGGAGACUUGGGAUCCGAAAAAAUGACAUUCUCUCAAGAAAAUGUUGAUGAUCCUGUUAGCUGUCAGAAGAGUGGAGCAUCUGCUGAAAAAAGUGUGGAAGAGAAUAACGAAGAAAGCAUUCUCAAUGAAGUUUGUCAAUGCACGAGUGUUUCUGAUGAUAAAGUUGAGAAAUCUGAAUCACAGUCAUCAGUCACCUUCAAGAUACCCCAAGUUGCAUUGAACUCUGAAGAUGGUGAAAGGGCAACGGUGGAGGAAGAUGGGCAGUGCCUAAAGGCAAAUGAUCAAUGUUUAUCAUCUGAUGCUCAGGCAGUGGUUGAACAGCCACCGAGAACCUCUGGUGAUGUUGGUUCUAUGGAAAAUCAGCCUAAUAUGAAUUCCAGGAGGCAGAGCACAAGAAACCGAUCACUGUCACUUAGAGCGUUGGAAUCUCUAGCAAAUGAAUUCACGCUUGGGGAAAGGAGACAGAAGAGGAAAAACAUCCAAACACAACGAUGAAUUUAGUAUUUUGCCGCAGGGCACGUACAAGAGGCAAAACACCGCCGGACCAUCAUAGUUCUGAUCAUGGGACUGCUGUUGUAGCGGAAGAAAAACAUUUGAAUGGAGACUGCAAUGAUAAGGAAAUAUAUGUGAACCAUUAGAUUAAGUUAAGACUAGUGAUCCAUUAUACCAGGUAUCUUUGAAGCUGCUUAUCAUCAUGAAGUUUUUGGCAUCUAGAAACAAAUUGUUGUUGAGAAGUACUGAAGCUUCUCCUGUCUGACUUACAAAUUAUGUUCUAAAGCUGCCAUAGUGAUUCAACAUACUGCACAUAAUGUUGAUAAGAUCAGUUUUUUUUUUUAAAAAAAAAAAAAUUAGAAAGAUCCCAACCUCAUGCUUGUUCACCAAUUUGCAAGUAAAACUUGCCUAAUAUUGUCCCGUAGAAAUUAUAAUAAAAUAUUUUAGCUGGUGAUAAUAUUGUCGGGAAA